AUGCGGCAUUGUUCGUGUUUUAUCUUAUUUUCUCUCAUUGGAUUUGCACAUUUGAAUACAUUGAAACAAAUACCAUUGAUCGGUUUAUUCACAUCAACUGGCCAUGAGAAUCAAUCGUCGUUUGCAAUUAUUGAUUAUGCUGUGAAUCAUCUGAGAACAAUACCCAAUUUAACAACUGAACUUUUCAUUCAACGUAGUAAACAAGAUAUUCCAUGUGAUAUGGCUGUUGGUACCAAAAUGGUUUUCGAUAUGCUUAGUCAAAAACCGCGACCAUUGGCGAUUUUUAGUGGAACUUGUCAAAUGGUUGCAUCAGCUAUCGCUGAAACCGCAGGAAUUUAUGAUAUGACAACUAUUAUUUACUCGGAAACAAGUUCAUUGUUUACAGCACGUGAUAAAUAUCCGUCGUUGAUUCGAACAGUACCGGGCGAUUCUCAGCAUAAUAUCGCUCGAAAACUUUUAUUGAACACAUAUAAUUGGCGAAGAUUCGGGGUGUUGUAUCAGUAUGAACGGCAAUAUACUAUGCCUGUUACGCGAUUUAAUGAUCUUCUAUAUGGCGAUGGUGUUGAAUGGGAAACUGCUCUAUCGAAAGGAAUCUCCUUCAAAGAUCUCGAUGAAACUCAAGGCAAUCGAACGCGAAAUUCGCUUAAAGACGCCUUCGAUGACUUACAAAAAGAUGAUACGCGUAUUAUCAUCGGAAAUUUCAAUUCAACAAUGGCUGUUCGAAUAUUUUGCGAGGCGUACCGUUACAAUUUGUAUGGUUCACGUCAUCAAUGGAUUAUUGUUGGUUAUUAUGAAUCUGAAUGGUGGCUAAAAAAUCCAGGUCCUUGUAAUACAUCUGAAAUCUUGCAAGCUUUGAAUGGCACUCUUCAAACACGUGUCGCUGAAUUAGGUUAUGAUGACAAUGCUCGAACAGUAGCUGAUCUUACACCAGCACAAUUUAAAUUUGAUCUUACGCGUUUGGAUACAGACUCGUAUUAUACCCAUUCAUAUUUUGUUGGCUAUGAAUUCGAUGCGAUUUUAACGUUGACAUCUGCUUUUGAGAAAUUACACGAUUCGUUAUCGAAACAAAAUUGUUCGAGCGAUUUCUCCGAUGAUUUGACUUGGAGACAAUCAUGCUGGCGUUUAGAAUUAAUUAAUAUUAUCAAAACCUUAGAUAUUGAAGGCGUAACUGGACGUAUACGCUUUAAUAAUGGUGAUCGUGUCGGUGAAAUUGUUAUUGAACAAAUUUUAGUAUCUCCUAGUCAUAAAUCUAAAAACGUCGAAAUUGUCAAACUAUUCGUUGCUCUGCCAACUGAACAAUCAAAAUAUGUUCUUCUACCGGCAAGAAAUGGACGAAAUAUCACUUGGCACGGUCAAGGACCACCCAACGAUCGUAUUAAACGCAUUCAUCGAGAUCAGAGAAUCUCUGUAUUGACAUAUACGAUCAUGGCGAUCAUCAGCGGAAUAGGAAUUUUAGUUGCUAUAGGAUUUUUCGUUUUCAAUAUCAUCUUUCGUACCCAUAGAUUCAUUCGCAUGUCCAGUCCACAAAUAAAUAAUCUCAUUAUAGCUGGUUGUAUUCUUUCAUAUACGAGUGUUCUUCUCAUGGGUGUAGAUUCUUCAUUACUUGGCAAACGAAAUUCUGUAUCAGCGAUGAAUUUUAUUUGUGCGGCUCGUAUUUGGACGUUAUCGAUUGGAUUUACGAUAUCUUUUGGAGCAGUAUUUAGUAAAACAUGGCGUGUACAUACAAUUUUUACGAAUGUUGAUGCAUCGAAACGAGCGAUUAAAGAUAUUCGGUUGUUUAUUAUUGUUGGUAUUCUUCUAACUGUUGAUAUUGUUCUUCUGAGUGCCUGGCAAAUCGUUGAUCCAUUGAAGAUACAAAAAUACGAAAGUCAAAUUAAAACCGAAGGUAAAGAUAUUGUUACACUGUGGAGUUUUGAAGAAUGUCGAUCCAAACGUCGAUCGAUUUGGUUUACUAUGCAAUCGAUAUAUAAAGGUAUAUUAAUGGUAACGGGUUCUCACUUCGCAUGGGCAACACGAAAUGUUCAAAUAGCGGCAUUAAAUGACUCAAAAUAUGUUGGAAUGAGUCUCUACAAUGUCGUUCUAUUGAGCAUCACAACUGCAGUUGUUGGUUAUUUCUUACGUGAUCAACAUGAACGUUCAUAUAUUUUAACGUCGAUAUUUAUUUUACUUUGCGUCUCAAUAACACUAUGCUUAGUAUUCGUCCCGAAGGUUCUCGAGGUAGCGAAAGAUCCUCAUUCGAAUGCAAAGCCACAGCGUGUUGUUAUAUCGGCUGUUGGAUCGAAGCCGGCACCUACACCAUCAUCUCAGGAAUUGGACAGAAAACUCGUCACAAUAGAUAAACAACAGAUACUUUCGAAAAUCAAACAACUCACACGUCAAAACGACAUGUUGAGAUUGAAUGCGACGAAGUGUGAAGAAUUAAUCACGAAAUUGUUAUCAGUAUUAAACGAGGGAAAUAGCAAACAAUCGCAAUUGGAAUUAUUUAUUCCUACUUCAACGAAACUUGUCGAUGAAAUCACAAACAUAAAUGAAUCAGAUUGGUUACUUGCCGAUGAAAGUCAACUAAAAGGAUAA